GACUAUACCAUUAUAUAUGAAAGGGGUGUGGGAUCAUUAUCGACCGCGCGUUUCCUCUUUCCACCCGCAUGCUGUCGCUUGUUAUCUCACCACCAACAUGACCAUGCGAUGUUUGUUCCUUCCCCCCGGAGUGGAUGCCUCCUCUCUCCCCUCAAGUCGCCCCGCCGGAGACCGCGACCCCCUGCCGUGAACGCCGCCGCCUGUGAGGGAGUGGUGGCGGCUGUCAGACUCCGCCAUCCCGCCCAGGUUCUGGAGGACGAGAGCGGGGCUGCAGCUGCCAUGACGCUGCAGCUGAGGAGCCAGGACGCAGCCUACUAUCAGACUGCACACUACCGCGGGAAUCUAACCGGCGUCAGCAGCCAUUAUCUCCCCCCUUUGCCAGGUCCAGAGACCAUGUUGAAGCCUGCCCUCAGUCUCUUUAGCCAUCCACAGCAGCCUUUUCAACACAUGGACUCUUUGCACCAGCUGGGACCUCCACCGAUGUUGCCUACACGGACUCUCUGCCCUCCACCGGUCGGCCCUAGCCCUGCGAUUGGACCGCCAAACAUCCCUCCCACCCAGACUUUGCGGCCCCCUCCCAUCACUGCUACUCACACCUUGAGGCCUCCUGUACACAACCUAGGCCCACCACCAGUGGUUCCUGCUCAGCCACUGGGGCCCCUUUCUAUGAUGCAAAACUUGGGUCCUCUGUGUCUGGACCAUGCAAUGGUGCCUCCCUCCUUAGAGCUCACACAACCACCUCUGAACAAUGCACAUGCAUUGGUGACCCCAGUGCCUGCUGGAGCUAACAGAUUCCCCUUGCCCUCCCCUCUUACUUCUAGCCCAGAAUCCACACAACUGCACCUAAGAUCCGGACCGCCGCUGAUCUCAUCCCCCGUGUGCGGCCUUAUUCAAUGCCCUCCUCGGGGUCCGACGGCCCCGGACUGCGAGCAGUCCCAGGACGAAGGCUCGCCUAUGGGUGGGGAAGAACAGGAAGACACUUUCGGCCUGGAAGAACUUUGUAAACCAUUGUACUGUAAACUUUGCAAUGUUACCCUCAACUCAGCUCAGCAGGCACAGGCUCACUACCAGGGGAAGAACCACAGUAAGAAGUUGCGAAAUUUCUACGCUGGCAGCCAACAGCCUCCGGCCAUCAGGAUCCCAGAGGUCCUGGAGGUGGCUGGCCAGACAAACCUCAUCUCAGGAUCCAAUGAGAGCGAUACCGCAAGGCUGGCUCUGUACAAGGGGCCCACCCGGGUCAUCUUGGCCACAGAGAAUGAUUACUGCAAGCUGUGCGACGCCUCCUUCAGCUCCCAGUCCGUGGCGCAGGCCCACUACCAGGGCAAGAACCAUGCCAAGAAACUGCGACUCGCCGAGGCUCAGCAGAGCAUCAACACGGACGGCAGUAGCGAAGUGACCCCAAAACGGAACAGGAAGGACAUCAGUGAGUACAGGCUGGUGAAAAGUCGUCGUAGCCCUCAGCUUCUUACCUCCUUGCAAGGGCCAUAUUACAACCCAAGACCGAGGCAGCGGAUCCCUCGAGAUUUAGCCAUGUGUGUAACCCCCAGCGGACAGUUCUACUGCUCCAUGUGCAACUGCGGGGCAGAACAGGAGACGGACUUCAGGCAGCAUCUGGAGAGCAAGCAACACAAAGCAAAAGUGUCGGAGUUGAGGUACCGCAACGAGAUGGAGAACCUGGGCUACAGCUAAGAAGAAAAUAGGCCGAGGGACAACAUGCGACCAAAGUAGGGGGCAUUUUUCAUGAGGGAUAGUGUUGUAGCAUUUUUGGGGUCCCCCAAGGAAAUUGAAAUCUAAAUUAUUCAAGUGAAAUAUUAUAUUUCUGGUCUGUUUUUUUUAUUUCUAUUUUUAAUUCUAACUCAGGAUCGAGGUGGACGAAUGCAUCUUGUGCAACCAAUCAGAUCAAAUCCAAAGCACAGCCAAUCACGAGGCAGGAAUACGACCCAUGUGACAUCAAUCUGUCGGCCUUCGCUGACCCCUCAGCGGCUCUUUGACGCGUCACCUUGACCGACCUUGUUUGUGCCUUCUUUGGAAUCAAGAGUCAUCUUCAGGCAGUGUACCGUAUUUUUCGGACUAUAAGUCGCAUAGACUUAGUAUUUCCAUAGUGAGACUUAUACUCAGGAGCGACUUAUGUGUGGAAUUAUUAACACGUUACCGUAAAAUAUCAAAUAAUAUUAUUUAGCUCAUUCAUGUAAGAGACUAAACGUAUAAAAUUUCAUGGGAUUUAAGGAUUAGGAGUGAGAGAGUGUUUGGUAAAGGUAUAGCAUGUUCUAUAUCAGGGGUAGGGAACCUAUGGCCCGGGAGCCAGAUGUGGCUCUUUUGAUGACUGCAUCUGGCUCUCGGAUAAAUCUUAGCUGAUGUUGCUUAACACGAUAAGUAAUGAAUAAUUCCACUUGUAAUCACAGUGUUAAAAAUAAUGUUCAAAAUACAAAACAUUCUCAUGCAUUUUUAAUCCAUCCAUCCGUUCAAGAAAUUGCGUUAAUGGUAAGAAGUUAUUUAGUUAUUAUUGGUUAGUGUGGGGCUUGCCCUCCUGGGGGUUCUUCAGACCUCCAAGCACCGACCUGAGAGCCUGUUUCAGGGUUACAAUAUUGUUUCAUUUUUCAAUAAGUCUCUCAGUUGUUUUCCAGCAAUUGUAUUUCCUUGAUGGCUUCAUCUGACCGGGAUCUUCAGCUCUCACUGGAUCGGUUCGCAGCCGAGUGUGAAGCGACCGGAAUGAGAAUCAGCACCUCCAAUUCAAAGUCCAUGGUUCUCGCCCGGAAAAGGGUGGAGUGCCAUCUCCGGGUUGGGGAGGAGACCCUGCCCCAAGUGGAGGAGUUCAAGUACCUAGGAGUCUUGUUCACGAGUGAGGGAAGAGUGGAUCGUGAGAUCGACAGGCGGAUCGGUGCGGCGUCUUCAGUAAUGCGGACGUUGUACCGAUCCGUUGUGGUGAAGAAGGAGCUGAGCCGGAAGGCAAAGCUCUCAAUUUACCGGUCGAUCUACGUUCCCAUCCUCACCUAUGGUCAUGAGCUUUGGGUUAUGACCAAAAGGAUAAGAUCACGGGUACAAGCGGCCCAAAUGAGUUUGGGUCUCUCCCUUAGAGAUAGGGUGAGAAGCUCUGCCAUCCGGGAGGAACUCAAAGUAAAGCCGCUGCUCCUCCACAUGGCGAGGAGCCAGAUGAGGUGGUUCGGGCAUCUGGUCAGGAUGCCACCCGAACGCCUCCCUAGGGAGGUGUUUAGGGCACGUCCGACCGGUAGGAGGCCACGGGGAAGACCCAGGACACGUUGGGAAGACUAUGUCUCCCGGCUGGCCUGGGAACGCCUCGGGAUCCCCCGGGAAGAGCUAGACGAAGUGGCUGGGGAGAGGGAAGUCUGGGUUUCCCUGCUUAGGCUGUUGCCCCCGCGACCCGACCUCAGAUAAGCGGAAGAUGAUGGAUGUAUUUCCUGCCCCAACCCAGUCUCUCCUCCUGGCUGCUGCUUAUAACAGAGCGACAGGUGAUUAGAUAACAAGGCCCAGGUGGGCCAUCUACGCACCUGUCGCUGCAGGCCCGCAGGCCACGCCCCCUCCACAGUUAGCUUCAGCAUACCAAUGUUAUUACAAAGAAUAAGAGACCUAAUAUACUCUAGAAAUGUUGGUCUUACUUAAAAAUGCACGUGUUUAGUUGUGUUCAGUGUUAAAAAAAAUAUUAUAUGUCUCUUACGGAAAUAUAUUUUAAAAUAUUUGGCUUUUUGGCUCUAAAGGCCAAAAAGGUUCCCGACCCCUGUUCUAUAUGUUAUAGUUAUUUGAAUGACUUUUACCAUAAUAUGUUAGGUUAACAUAGCAGUUGUUAUUUAUGCCUCAUAUAACCUACACUUGUUGACUAUUCUUGAUUUAUUUUAAAUUGCCUUUCAAAUGUCUAUUCUUGGUGUUGGGUUUUAUCAAAUAAAUUUCCCCCAAAAAUGCGACUUAUACUCCAGUGCGACUUAUAUAUGGGUUUUUUUCCCCCUUCUUUAUUAUGCAUUUUCGGCAGGUGCGAUUUAUACUCUGGAGCGAUUUAUAAUCCGAAAAAUACGGUAGUUACAUUUUUUUUUUUUGGUCUAUAUUCUUGCUCUGUUCCGCACAAAACAAGGUUUAAGUCAAUAGUAUUACAACUUAUUAAGAGAUAUAGUUCAGGAAAUAUUAGAUUAUGUUGAGCUGUUACACUGUAAAUAUCACGAGGACAAAAUGUGGGUUACACAAGAAAGUGGUAAAAGAAGUUAGUCUCAAUAAUAACAGUCAGAGAUUAUUCUUUAUCCAAUAUUAAUUUAUCGACAAACUCAGCCAGAAUCGAUCAAUCAAUGUUUACUUAUAUAACCCUGAAUCAUGAGUGUCUCAAAGGGCUGCAAAAGCCACAACGACAUCCUCGGCUCAGAUCCCACAUCAGGGCAAGGAAAAACUCAACCCAAUGGGACAAUGAGAAACCUUGGAGGGGACCCUCCCCCUAGGCGACAGGUGCAAUGGACAUCGAGUGGAUCUAACAUAAUAGUGAGAGUCCAGUCCAUAGUGGAUCUAACAUAAUAGUGAGAGUCCAGUCCAUAGUGGAUCUAACAUAAUAGUGAGAGUCCAGUCCAUAGUGGAUCUAACAUAAUAGUGAGAGUCCAGUCCAUAGUGGAUCUAACAUAAUAGUGUGAGAGUCCAUAGUGGAUCUAACAUAAUAGUGAGAGUCCAGUCCAUAGUGGAUCUAACAUAAUAGUGUGAGAGUCCAGUCCAUAGUGGAUCUAACAUAAUAGUGUGAGAGUCCAUAGUGGAUCUAACAUAAUAGUGAGAGUCCAGUCCAUAGUGGAUCUAACAUAAUAGUGAGAGUCCAGUCCAUAGUGGAUCUAACAUAAUAGUGAGAGUCCAGUCCAUAGUGGAUCUAACAUAAUAGUGAGAGUCCAGUCCAUAGUGGGGCCAGCAGGAGAUCAUCUUGAGUGGAGACAGGUCAGCAAUGCAGAGACGUCCCCAACUGAUGCACAGAUGAGUGCUGGACUCGUAAAAUAUUAUGUGAGAUCCACUAUAGACUGGACUCUCACACUAUUAUGUGAGAUCCACUAUAGACUGGACUCUCACACUAUUAUGUUAGAUCCAUUAUAGACUGGACUCUCACACUAUUAUGUUAGAUCCACUAUGGACUGGACUCUCACUAUUAUGUUAGAUCCACUAUGGACUGGACUCUCACUAUUAUGUUAGAUCCACUAUGGACUGGACUCUCACACUAUUAUGUUAGAUCCACUAUGGACUAGACUCUCACUAUUAUGUUAGAUCCACUAUGGACUGGACUCUCACUAUUAUGUUAGAUCCACUAUGGACUGGACUCUCACUAUUAUGUUAGAUCCACUAUGGACUGGACUCUCACACUAUUAUGUUAGAUCCAUUAUGGACUGGACUCACACAAUAUUAUGUUAGAUCCACUAUGGACUGGACUCUCACACUAUUAUGUUAGAUCCACUAUAGACUGGACUCUCACACUAUUAUGUUGGAUCCAUUAUAGACUGGACUCUCACACUAUUAUGUUAGAUCCACUAUGGACUGGACUCUCACUAUUAUGUUAGAUCCACUAUGGACUGGACUCUCACUAUUAUGUUAGAUCCACUAUGGACUGGACUCUCACUAUUAUGUUAGAUCCAUUAUGGACUGGACUCACACAAUAUUAUGUUAGAUCCACUAUGGACUGGACUCUCACACUAUUAUGUUAGAUCCAUUAUAGACUGGACUCUCACAAUAUUAUGUUAGAUCCACUAUGGACUGGACUCGCACUAUUAUGGUAGAUCCACUAUGGACUGGACUCUCACACUGUUAUGUUAGAUCCACUAUGGACUGGACUCUCACAUUAUUAUGUUAGAUCCACUAUGGACUGGACUCUCACACUGUUAUGUUAGAUCCACUAUGGACUGGACUCUCACACUAUUAUGUUAGAUCCACUAUGGACUGGACUCUCACACUAUUAUGUUAGAUCCACUAUGGACUGGACUCUCACACUAUUAUGUUAGAUCCACUAUGGACUGGACUCUCACUAUUAUGUUAGAUCCACUAUGGACUGGACUCUCACAUUAUUAUGUUAGAUCCACUAUGGACUGGACUCUCACUAUUAUGUUAGAUCCACUGUGGACUGGACUCUCACUAUUAUGUUAGAUCCACUAUGGACUGGACUCUCACUAUUAUGUUAGAUCAACUAUGGACUGGACUCUCACUAUUAUGUUAGAUCCACUAUGGACUGGACUCUCAAACUAUUAUGUUAGAUCCACUAUGGACUGGACUCUCACUAUUAUGUUAGAUCCACUAUGGACUGGACUCUCACUAUUAUGUUAGAUCCACUAUGGACUGGACUCUCACAGUAUUAUGUUAGAUCCACUAUGGACUGGACUCUCACUAUUAUGUUAGAUCCACUAUGGACUGGACUCUCACACUAUUAUGUUAGAUCCACUAUGGACUGGACUCUCACACUAUUAUGUUAGAUCCACUAUGGACUGGACUCUCACUAUUAUGUUAGAUCCACUAUGGACUGGACUCUCACACUAUUAUGUUAGAUCCACUAUGGACUGGACUCUCACUAUUAUGUUAGAUCCACUAUGGACUGGACUCUCACUAUUAUGUUAGAUCCACUAUGGACUGGACUCUCACUAUUAUGUUAGAUCCACUAUGGACUGGACUCUCACACUAUUAUGUUAGAUCCACUAUGGACUGGACUCUCACUAUUAUGUUAGAUCCACUAUGGACUGGACUCUCACUAUUAUGUUAGAUCCACUAUGGACUGGACUCUCACUAGACUCACGGAGCAGGAGGGAAGAAGCCAUCAUUUCUUACAGGUGUGAGGACCACAGGUGUGUUAGAGUCUGUGUGCAAAAAGACCACAGGUGUGUUUGUUAUUGAGUUUUUGGGAAGACUUGAGUCUGCAUGAGUCCACAAAGCUACUUACCUCCUUUGCAUGACAGUUCCAGCCAUUUGUGUGCCAAGAAGGAAAGGUGUAUUAAAUAUUUACUAUUUUAUUAUUAUUAUGAUUGCUAAGCAAAGUGUCCUGCACUUUGAUCUGUUUGCAUAUUUAACAAAUACAAUUAAAACGAUGAAUUUAAACCA